AUGUCUAUUAAGAAACUGUGGGUGAUACCAAAGGAUGGUUACUUAUUACUUCUUGACUUUGAUUCAGAUGAAGAAGAGCAGGCUCAUUCUGAAGUAAAGAGGCCAGCAUUUGGCAAACAUGAGAAUAUGCCGCCUCACGUAGAAGCAAAUGAAGAUAUAAGAGAUGAACAAGACAGUAUGUUGGAUAAAUCUGGCAAAAACAUAAGUUUCUCAGUGGAAUGGCAGCGUUUUGCACGUUCUGUAGAGACACCAAUGGAAAACUGGAAUUUGUUAAGUGGUGAACUGCAAGUUAGGAAUGCUUCUGAAUUGGACCUUAUGGAAGUACAGAAUCCAGUAACUCAUGAUGAUGGGAAUGCAAAUCCUGAAGAAGUAGUUGGAGAUACACGAAAGAAGAUUAACAACAAAUUGUGUGAGCAGAAGUUUGAUAUGGAUAUACAGAAAUUCAAUGAAGAACAAGAAAAAUCAGUGAACAAUUAUCAAAAAGAACAACAAGCAUUAAAACUGUCUGAAUGUAGUCAGAGUCAGACCCUGGAAGCAAUUGAAGACAUGCAUGAGAAGUCCAUGGAGGGUUUGAUGAACAUGGAGACCAACAACUACGAUAUGCUUUUUGAUGUAGAUGGUGAAGAGACAUUAUGAAGCAUACUCUGAAGUACUCUUC